AUGAUGGAAGCGGCAAUGUGUUGGGCCUUCCCCGCUCUGGCCUCUCUUGCACAGAGUGCACAGAGCCUACAAAAUCAGAGUGGCUCUCCACACCGCCAACAGAAACAGAAAGCGGCAGAAAUCCAACAGUUCCAAAAUAGCAAGGCGCUACAUAUACAAUAUAUGAGGCUGAUGCGGCGCUUGUUCAAGUCCAAGUUUGAUGUUGGCCAGGACGAAGAAUUUGCUAUACACAAUUCUGCAGUCAGAAGCAAUGUACUUGUGUAUAACAGAGGUGAUGAAAAUGCUACUGGGCCCAACAGAGAAGACAUACACUUCAAUAUGAGGGGAGACGUGGGUUUUGAGUGGAACAAGAAGAUAUUCCAAUAUCUUCUCAAAUACCUGAAGCAAGCAAAAAACAAAUGGCAUCUACCAGAAGCUCCAGACAGCUAUUUAGAAGAUUUAAUUAUUGAUGAAUUUAAUAGGGUUAAAUUGUACUGGAAAGCAGCAAGUCAAUUCAGAUGA